GCCUGCUCGGCGCGCCCGGCCGGGGCGAUGAUUUUGAUUUAUCGGACGCCCUUGACGGUCACGACAAGAAACCCACUCCUGCCCCCCGAAAGCCCAACACCGAUGAUGACUUGGAUUUAGGAGCUGCGGUCGGUGGUGAUGACCCAGUGUCGCCCAAAACCCCCAAGCCAAAACCUAAUCCAAACCCCAGGAAGCCCAGCUCUCCAGGCAAUGAUUUUGAUUUAUCGGACGCCUUUGACGACCACGACAAGAAACCCACUCCUGCCCCCCGAAAGCCCAACACCGGUGACUUUUCAGAUUCUGAUCUCAUGGAUGCGACUUCAGGUGGAGGAGGUGGUGGCGGCGGCGGUGGCGGCGGCGGCGGCGGAAGCCAGAGGCGUGAUGGGGAGGAUCAGGGCGACUCCCCGGGAGUGGUCCCCGGGAUCGUGGGUGCCGUGGUGGUCGCCGUGGCCGGAGCCAUCUCCAGCUUCAUCGCCUACCAGAAGAAGAAGUUGUGCUUCAAAGAGAACGAUGAGUCGAAGACCUAGACACGAGCGGAGAACCCCGGGCGGGGCCUCGAGAUCCUCCUUUCUGACUCGUGUUUGUCUACAAAGACGCAGAAUCAAAAGCACACCUUGUUGUUUGUCCUUUUACCUUACCAGCCACAUGGCCGCAGUGAUGUGUUUCUGCCAAGCCGGAUGCCGUGCAGUGAAUCCCAUAUGUUUUCUCUCUUCACGAUGCCCAGAAGCUUAUCACGUUGUAUUUUAAUGCCAAGGUAGCUUCAGGAAAAGGAAUUGAGAUGCAGAUGUUUCCUUUUAAAGUGAAAUCCAACAGAAAGAAACACACCAACCAGUUUUCUCACCAUCCUCCAUCCUUCCCAGUGGAUCCGGCAGGUGGUGGGCCGUCCUGUUUGCAGGGUCCCGGGGCAAAGCUGGCCCUGGGUCGUAGGGUUUCAUCUUUCACGCUAAUGAUGGGGUAUUUAACCUUCUGAUUCCAUAACUGCCCCCCUGGAUUUUUAUGGUCCAUUUCCAUGACGUAUUUCCUAAUUCUUUCUUGGAUCAGUUUUUGCCAAUUAUGUGAAUUUCCCAGUUCUCAGCAGGGGGAAAAAAAUCCAUAUACUUAAGAAUAACCUAAACAUCUCAUGAUCUUAAAUUUCUAAGGUCAGUGGAGAAGUGGUGAGUGGUGGAAUCUCUACACCCUACAAUUCUUGCAGCCUUGUGCAUUCCCAUAAGCUGGGAAGUCAUCGCUGGUUUUUUUGUUUUGUUCCUUCUUCACAUCAGACCGUCUCCUUCUUGUGCGUAAAUACUAGUUUUCUUUCUCCGACCUCGUGCUGAGGGUCAGAGUCACGUUCGUUCCCGGGGUGGGACGUCUGGUGGUGAGUUGGCUGCAGAGUGGCAGGCUCGGGGCUUAGUAUCAGGACGUGGGUGGAUCACGGAGGUGGUCAGUGCUCUUCCGUGGGCCUGCUCACCCUCCACCGGUCACCUUGAUGGCCCUGACAGCGGUCACCGCCCCGGCUGUGUGGGUCUUUGAAGGAAGCGUCCACAGAUUUCUCGGUUCUGAUAAAAUAAAGCCUGGGUCCCAGUUAGCACCGGGGUGCAUUUAAAUUGAAUCUCUGGGCCCCGAGAACUAAAUCCACGGUGUAAACUGCAGAUGAGACCCUGCCGGUCAGUGGUCCCCGGGGCCCGCUCUUGGUCCCCGGGGCUCGUUAUGCGUUUACAUAAAUAGUCCCUGGGCACAGAGACCCCUAAACCUAGAACUGGUAUCACUGCUCUCAGGGCCUAAGUCCAGCCAGAUGGAGGGUUUGUACGGAGCCAUUAGAAUAUUUUUAGUGGUUUUCUUCUUUCUUUCUUUCCCUUUGGGUAGGGAGGUUCUUUGCCAUGUGAUACGAAAGCCCAUUUAAGAUUUCUUGUCCUAACAGUUCGCUCUAAAAUGUACCUGUGUUCGUAGCCUACCUCCUGCCCGGCGAGCAGACAAUGUGACGUUGGCAGUGUCCGCCCUGCAGUGUUUUCACAGAACUCUUCCAACUCUCUCCUCUCUGGUGUCUUCUUUUCUUUUUUUGUCAUCUGAGAAUGUCGAUCUCUAACUGGGGCCUCUGUUCGUGGUUGAGGGAGAGGGUGACAGCUUAACGGAAUCCGUGUCACACAGAUGGGGAUGCGUGUUCCUGGGACCGGGAUUAAGCGUGCUGUCGGGUGUUCGCAUGUGGUCCUAACCCCAGAUGAUCCUGUUUUUCGAAAAUCAGAGGUUUGGGAAAAUGGGGAAACGGUUGUCAUGGAUUCCGUGAGCUACUCCAGUCCUUUUCAUGUCAUACAUGCUUCCGUGUCCCUUCCCAAGCGUGCAGUAAAGAAAUAAAUGUGUUUUGACUGGU